AUGUUCGCAGAUUACAGCGACAUGCUCCAAAGUGUUUCGCAACGAAAGCUCGGGUCCCAAAUUCUCAGUGCACAGUCGGCAUCGGCAUUCUUGGAAUGGCAAAAUAUUGAGAUACAGCGCGGCCUCGCUUCCUUGAUCAAGGACCAUGGCCGACGAAGUGCCUGGACUGCGGCUUUGUCCCUGCUGUCUCAAGCCGCAAAUCAUGACGUCUCCCUUGCAACUGUUUCCGCUACUCUGGCCGCGCUCAGCAAGGCAACUCAGUGGAUGCGGACGCUCCAGCUUUUCCAGGAAAUGCCAUCCCUCAAGGUUGUCCAAGACACUGUGGCGCACAACACCGCUGCUGCGGCUUGCCUCAAAGCCGGGCACUGGACCAAAGCUUUGUCCGUGCUGCACAAGGCCUUCCACGGCAACUUCCAUCCAACC